GUUGACGUAGUUCUGCAAAAUAGGCGGACGCUUCAUCGACUUUGAGUCCAGGCACCGGAUCUGUUCCCGCAAAUACUUCGCAUUGCAUCUGUUGAAGACAGAGAAAAAAUAUUUUGUUAAAAAAUAAUAAAUCACGACUCAUCAUUGUGUGAAAGAAAAGUCUUACCAAAUCAAGGCUAAUUUGUUGCAGAGCACCGGUUGAUAUCUGGCGCACGUCAUCGCUCAGCAGCAGUUUGUAGAAUGAGUUUGCGAUGUGUUCACAGGCUUUCUUACACGUGACUUGUGCCACAUUUGGCAAUAGAUACGAGAAACUUUGGAAGGUGCUUUGCAAAAAGGCGAUCAUAUCGGUGAUGAAUGGUGAUGCAUGACCCUUUGGAUCGGGCAAAAGCCAGUCGUAAUUUUCGAGCUCUUCAAAGAAUUCAUCCAAUUUUGAACACAAUUUGGCGGACACUUGCAUCUCUGCUUCGGCUCGUGCCACUUGAAACAUGGCCGAUGGUGCUUGUUUGAUCUCCUGUUGCGUUCCCGUCAUUUUGCACACAAAAUCAUCUAAAAAUGGGCCGGCUUUCUCCAAGUACUGUGUAUCGAUGAUAAUUUGUACGACUUGCAUCAGCGCUAGACUAGGAUUUCGGAAAAUGGCCGAUAGACAACCGCUGAAACUGCGUGUCAACAGCAGAUUUGCAGCUUUCCGUACCAUUGCCGCUAUUUCAUUCGGUGACAGGGUUAAUUCUUCCGAAAAUUUCAUGCAUGCAUACAUAAAUUCCUUGGCUUGAUGGUAGACCUCGGGCACCAUUGUUGAAAAUGGGAAUUUCUUUGGGAAUGGCUGUACCUCCAAUUGCUCCGAAUGGAAUGGGAAACGUUCUAAAACUGCAUCGUACUGCUCUUGAUCAUGAACUUGAAGUGGCAAAUAGUCGCAUUUGUUGAGAAUUUCACGGAAUUCGUUGACCCAUCGCUGCAGCAAGACCUCAUUAUAAUGAUCUCUCAUUUCCAGUAGCAAGUCCCAUAAUUGUGACACCGUAUAGCCGUAUGUUUUCAGUGUUGUAAUGCAAAGCAUAAUCAAAUUUUUGAUACGUAGCAAAAUAUUUGGGUCAGUACACGAUGAUGAGCUCAUGCUAAGAACGUUCACAGCACGCGAUAAUGAUGACGACCACAAAUCGUCUAAAUACGAACGAUUCACAACGUCGCCAGCUGUGUUCAUUACAUGAUCUUCGACGAUAAAGAAACCAACAAUUGAGUAUAUAUAGUUUUUGUACGCCUCCAAAUUGUCGUGCAUCGCUUGCGGUGCCUGAAGAACUAAUUUUGCUUGAUCACGUCGUUGUUUGCGGUAAUCCUUUUCAAAGUACUCCUUGUCAUUGAGCACGGUGUAAAUGUGAAGGCAUCGAUAAAUGGGUGAAAAAUCGAUUAAAUCUUGUGCAGACAAAUCGUCCUCGUCGACGGAAUAGUCGUCGUUCGAGCUCAUCGUCGUUUUGUACUCACUGAUAAUUGAGGUCAAAUCGCGUUUUUGAUGCUUUUUCGUGUGUCGCAUCGCAACUUCACCGAUUUUCGGCGAAAAUUUUCGGAUAUUCUCUAAAAACUCACGGAAAUCCUCUUCGGACGAUUGUUUGAUUUGCUCUUUGAGCUUUGGAACGGCACUUUUCAUCUGCGAUGCAAAGCGAUACUUAUCCAUUUUGGGCAAGUGUUCACUUUCGAGAAUCUCUAGUGUUUUUAGUGCUGGAUAAUAUCGUUUCUCUUCCACUUGCUUCAACAAUUUUGUGAAACACUCAAGCACCGGCAAACAACUGCUCAGCGCAUCAAUUGUGUUUGCAAUGUUGCUUUCGAUUUUCCGUGCUCGCACCAAAUCUUUUCCUUUGGCCAAAACACCUGUUGAUGCUUUGCCCAAUGUAUCGUCCAAUUGCAUCACUUCCUCAUUCAAGUUGUUGGCCUGUGUUCGUACAUGCAACAGCUCUCGUAUCGAAUCAAUAAAUCCCUGAUAGUAGAGAUUGCAAAUCCGUUCGAUGUCCUUAUCAUGCGACCGAAUUCGGGCCUCAAUUUGAUCCGAGAGUAUAUCAUUUGAGUCACUUUCAAGAAUUGAACGAAAUGUCGGCCCCCAAUUAUCGUCCACCGCUUCGAUGUCCUGUAUCGAUGGUAUAUUCGCCAUAUCGCAAUGUCAACCACUUAUUUUCUAAGCACUAAACCCGAAUUUGUACAAAGAUCAACAAGAAAACUUUUGCUUCCUGUUUAAUAAACAUAGAAAAUAACACCUCCUAAUUGUAAAUGUCAAAAUACAAACGAACCCUAUCGGAAGCAUUGACAUCAAAUCCGCUGGUUGGCCUUGAUUGCAUGCUGAAUACCUUUUACCUUACUGUUUGAAAUUGGAUUUGUGGCAGAAAAAUGUCGGCCGACAUCAGGCAACUGAAAGAAGCUGCUCGCGAUGAAAGUCUCGACGCGAAAAUGAAAAAUAUCCUCGCCGAUAUUGCAGCCAUCGACGAAAAGGCAAAACGAUUAGCCAAACAACGUGAAAAACUCAUGAUGAGCUAUGAAGCACUCAAAGAUUCCAAACUCAUUCGAGAUGCAAAGACUGUCAUUUUGGACAAAGAAUGGGAACGAGAAAAUUUUGAAUGGUCAUAUCGGUUGAGAGAAACCAUGACGAAUGUGUUCAAAUUAAAGGACUUCCGACCGCAACAAUUGCAAACGAUCAACUGCAUUUUGGCAAAGAAAGACGUCGUCAUGAUUGCACCAACGGGCGGCGGAAAGAGUUUGUGCUAUCAAUUGCCUGCAAUGCUAGCCGAUGGUUUGACCAUUGUUAUUUCACCGCUGAUUUCACUGAUGGAAGAUCAAGUGUGGUCACUGCAAAAGUAUGCUAUAAAUGCUGAACUCCUGUGUUCUACAACCGAUAAAAAUAAAAACAAUACAAUUCUAAAGCAAAUGGCAGAUGGAAAAAACACAUGUCCAUUCAAAAUACUCUACGUAACACCUGAACGUCUGGCCAAAAGUAAACGAUUUAUGAACGCGCUGCAGAAAUGCUAUGAGGCAAAACGGCUACAUUUGAUUGCCAUCGAUGAAGUGCAUUGCAUCAGCCAGUUUGGAAAUGAUUUUCGUCCGGAUUAUAAAUUUUUAGGUGCAUUAAAGACAAUGUUCCCCGAUAUACCAUUUCUUGGUGUAACGGCAACGGCCACGACCAAAGUCAUUCUUGACAUACAGAAAAUGUUGAAUUUGCAACAGCCAGUCGUGUUGAAAGCGGAAUUCAAUCGACCCAAUCUAUAUUAUCACGUGAUGGAUAAACCAGACGAAAAGAAGCAAUGUAUUGAGCUGUUAGUUGAUCUUCUGACCAACCGAUAUGCUGGUAAAUCGGGCAUAAUUUAUGCGUUUUCAAUUGCCGACACCGAAGAAAUCGCUUCCGAAUUAAUACAAAGAAAUCUAAAAGUUCGACCGUAUCAUGCUCAGCUCACGAAUGAACGUCGCACAAUAGUGCAUCAAAAAUGGCUGUCGGGGGAGAUCCAGUGCGUAAUUGCAACGGUUGCAUUUGGAAUGGGCAUUGACAAGCCAAAUGUCCGUUUUGUUAUUCAUCACACAAUGAGCAAAAGCAUGGAAAAUUACUAUCAAGAAAGUGGACGAGCUGGCCGAGAUGGGAAGAGAGCCGAAUGCAUACUGAUGUACCGAAGUGCAGAUAUCGCGAGAAUUACAACAAUGGUAUUCACCGAACACACCGGCCUAAGCAAUGCCUAUCAAAUGAUCCAAUUCUGUAUCGAUGGCAUCAGCUGUAGACGUGAUCUCAUCAGUAGACAUUUUAUGGAUGUGUGGAGUAGUUCGGCUGUAUGCAACCGAAUGUGUGACCGAUGCAAUCACCAAAAUAGCAUAAAGCCACUGAAAAUGAACAUCACCGAACACUGUCUAGCCCUGUACAAAAUCAUUGAUUAUGCCACAAGCAUGGAUGUCAAACUGACCCAUUUGAAAUUGGUCGACUCAUGGUAUCAAAAAGGUAAAACCAAUCUUCGAUGUAAAGAUAUUCCGGUGCCAAGCUUCGAACGAAUAACUGCCGAACAAAUGGUCGCCAAUUUGCUCAUCAAAGGCUAUUUGAAAGAGGACUUCCAUUUUACUGCUUACACAACGUACAGUUACAUCAAAAAAGGUGACAAAAUCGCCGAUGGACACGAUCGAAUAAUUUUCUAUGGUGCACGCGUUCUGCUGUUGCCAGAACGUGGUCAAUUUCCAAAGAAAGAGAAAGAAAUUAAGAAGGAGAAUGGCGAAGAAAGCGUUUCUGUGACGGAUUCAGAUGCUCCACCAGCAAAAAAAGUGAAGAAAGAAAAGAAAUCAAAAAGCAAUGCCAACAGCAGUAGCAGUCACAGUGAACCUGAAUUAAAUGUUUCGAUGAACAACUCAAAGGACGAAUCAAGCCCAAAAAAGAAGAAGAAAAGCAAACAUGAAAAGAAACGACGAUCCAGAUCGGAUUCAUCAGAAAAGGGCGAUGACUGUGUCAUUCUCGUCGAAGGCAGCGAUGUCAUCGAAAUUGACUAAAUUAGAAAUGUAGCCCAUAGAUAAUAAGAGAAUAAGCCCAUAGAUAAUAAGAUAUUGAAGAAUCUAUGGCUUGAACAAAUGUCCAAAUAAAUUUAUAUGAAUGUCAGUACUCACUGCUGCGCCUAAUUUA